AUGGAGGAAGAGGCUCAUUCAUGGAUUAGGAGAACGAAAUUCUCACAUCGGUAUGAUGAUUCAAGAUUGGCCUCAAUUCCUUUAACCUUUCAAGAUUUUCAAAAAGAUCGAGCAGAUUGCAGGGUUGAAGUCAAGGCCUGUAGCAGCGCAGCAACACGAGCAGUAGCUCCUCCUAGGCAGAAGUCGAGCCCCAGAUAUUCAAAGAUUCAGAGGAACAGUCGUAUGUCUUCACCUAUUGGUCGAAAUCCACUUGCCAACAAGCAGAGAUCCUUGUCUCGUUUGCCGGAGAGCAACGACCUUAGUGUUGUGUUUAAGGAAGCUCAGACUGAUACGAAGAGAUUUUCAACACCACACCCUAGGACAAUACAAUCAGAUAAGGGAAUUAUGCGAAAGUUGUUCAGGAUGGGUAGUUCACUAUCUAAGGGAUCACAUCUGUCGCAUUCGUCUUCGAAUACUAGCCCCCUCAGGCACUUGGCUUCAAUGAAAGUCAGUGACAAAUCGAGCAAAUCAAAGAGGAAAGAAUCGCCUUGGGCUAAGAAUUUUGAUCAUGGAGGUGGGAGAGUUAAUGAGGUGGAUGCUGCAGAUGAAUUUAGUGUUGAUUUGUCAAAGCUGUUUCUUGGUCAUAACUUUGCUCAUGGAGCUCAUAGCACGCUUUAUCAUGGGAUUUACAAUGAGGAAGCUGUUGCAGUUAAGAUCGUCAGGGUACCGGAAGAUGACGAAGGAGGAGUCUUGGCAGCUCGAUUGGAGAAACAAUUUAACAGAGAGGUCAAUCUUCUUUCUCGCCUCCACCAUACAAAUGUCAUAAAGUUCGUUGCAGCUUGCAGAAAGCCUCCUGUUUAUUGUGUAGUCACGGAAUAUUUAGAUGAGGGUUCAUUGAGGACUUACUUGCACAAACUUGAGUGCAAAUCUCUUCCUUUAGGGAAAAUAAUUGCCAUCGCCUUGGACAUUGCUCGGGGAAUGGAAUACAUUCACUCGCAAGGAGUCAUUCACCGGGACCUUAAGCCUGAGAAUGUUCUUAUCGAUAAAGACUUUAGGCUGAAAAUUGCUGAUUUUGGCAUAGCAUGUGAGGAGGCAUAUUGUGAUUCGUUGGCUGAUGAGCCUGGAACUUACCGUUGGAUGGCCCCCGAAAUGAUUAAGAGUAAAUCCUAUGGGCAAAAGGUCGAUGUCUACAGUUUUGGACUCAUUUUGUGGGAACUAGUAGCCGGAACAAUCCCUUAUGAGGAGAUGAAUCCCAUCCAAGUUGCUUUUGCAGUUGUGAAUAAGAAUUUGAGGCCACUUAUCCCAAAGGACUGCCCAAGAGCUAUGCGAGCCUUGAUCGAGCAAUGCUGGUUGUUGCAGCCGGAUAAAAGGCCCGAGUUUUGGCAGGUUGUAAAGGUGUUAGAACAAUUUGAGUCUUCCCUUGCUCGAGAUGGAACAUUGACGCUUGUACAGAAUUUGACUUGCCAAGAUCAUAAGAAGGGGAUGCUUCACUGGAUUCAAAAGCUUGGUCCGGUACCGGCGAACGGAGGUGUAGGUGCCAGUUCGGAGUCGUCUGCGACGGCGACGACCGGGAGUCGGUCGGACUAUAUGUUGUCGGAGGAGGAGUUUCAGGUGCAGCUUGCGCUGGCGAUCAGUGCUUCGAAUUCGGAUGAUCCGGAGAAGGAUCAGAUCCGUGCGGCGACGAUGCUGAGCUUGGGCGGCGGCCGUCGUGGUGGUGAUCAGACGGGGGAUGAGGUGGAUGCGGCGGCCGCGGAGACCUUGUCCAGGCACUAUUGGGAAUACAAUGUGCUAGACUACGACGAAAAAGUGGUUGAUGGGUUUUAUGAUGUAUAUGGACUUUCCACGGAUUCCGCAGUACAAGGAAAAAUGCCUUCUCUCGCAAAUCUUGAAACAAACCUUGGGAGAUCUGGAUUUGAAGUUUCAUUAGUAAAUCGAACACUUGAUCCUACCUUGGAAGAGUUGGUGCAAAUUGCACAGUGUAUUGCGGUAGACUGCCCCAUCACCAAUGUUGGAAUUUUGGUACAGAGGCUUGCUGAACUCGUUAGCGGACAUAUGGGCGGGCCUGUAAAGGAUGCUAAUAUCAUCUUGGCAAGGUGGAUGGAAAGAAGUUCAGAGUUGAGGGCAUCUUCACAAACAAUUGUACUACCUAUUGGGUCCAUAACCAUUGGCCUCUCCCGACAUCGUGCUUUACUUUUCAAGGUAUUAGCUGACAGCAUCAAGAUGCCUUGCAGACUGCUUAAGGGUGUGCACUACACAGGUGUCGAGGAUGGUGCUAUUAAUGUAGUAAAGUUGGAGGAUGACAGGGAGUUUAUGGUGGAUCUUAUGGCUGAUCCUGGAACACUCAUACCGGUUGACAAUCCAAGUGCAAAGGACACUACUUUCAUGCCAAUCAAUCCGAAAUCGAACACAAUCCCAACUUUCCCUUCUUUGAUUGAUUCUGAAAUUGUGUACUCACGACCAAAGCCAUUACAUGGAGAGGGAAGCAGCCAAAACUUGCAAACUUCUGAGAAAGCAGAAUCAUUCUGGGGUGAAAUUGGCGGCAGAGGAGUUGGUUCUUCUGGAGUCCCCAAGAGAGGAACUCAAUUAGAUCAUCUUCCCUCGUCAGCUUUCGAAAAUUCACGGUACAGAGGGAACCGUGGGGCACCUGCAGUUGAUGGUGUGAGGAUGAAACAAAAUGUAGUUCCAUAUGCUCAAAAUAACUCGGAAGACUCUAACAGUCUUUUUGCAGAUCUUAACCCAUUCCAAGUAAAAGGAACUGGGAAGGCUCCUAUAUAUAACAAACCUAUGGAGAAUAAGGCCGAUGAGCUUCAGAGACCAAGAAAUAAUCUUGCCUCAUACACAAAAAAUGUUCGUGCACACAAUGAAGUCCCGAAAAAGAAGGAGUAUGAUUAUUUGGAUGGAAUUAUCCCAAGAGUUAAUCGAGAACCCAAUGGUUAUAAUCCGUCAUCUUCAGCUUCGACCAGCUCCACUAAAUCUGAACAGAUCAAUACUGGUGGUUUCAAAUCUACUGCACAUCCAAAUAUGUCUGAGUAUUUACAAAGUGGCUCUGUAGAACGUGAGAAUAAUAUAAAUGGCUUCCAUGAUCGAAGAAAGUUCACUCAUGAAAGAUUCAUGGAGACCAAUUCCAAACUGAAGGAUCCAGAAAGUUGCAACUCAUCCUUUGAUUCCAUAACAAGUAGGGUUGAGCAAGUAUUUGAGGAUGUUGAAGUAGGUGAAAGUGAAAUUCCGUGGGAAGACCUGGUUAUUGGAGAAAGAAUUGGACUUGGUUCAUAUGGAGAGGUGUACCAUGCUGACUGGAAUGGCACGGAAGUUGCUGUGAAGAAGUUCCUAGACCAGGAUUUCUCGGGUGCUGCUUUGGCUGAGUUCAAAAGAGAAGUACGGAUAAUGCGUAGGCUGCGCCAUCCAAAUGUUGUGCUUUUUAUGGGUGCUAUUACGCGUCCUCCUAACCUCUCUAUCAUUACAGAGUUCCUUCCAAGGGGAAGUCUAUAUCGGAUUAUCCAUCGCCCUCAUUGUCAAAUUGAAGAGAGACGAAGAUUAAAGAUGGCUCUUGAUGUGGCAAGGGGUAUGAAUUGCUUGCAUUCGAGCAACCCCACUAUUGUUCACCGGGAUUUGAAAUCUCCAAAUCUAUUGGUUGAUAAGAACUGGAAUGUGAAGGUAGGUGAUUUUGGACUGUCGCGCUUGAAACAUAACACUUUCUUGUCCUCCAAAUCAACUGCUGGAACGCCUGAGUGGAUGGCACCAGAAGUUUUGCGCAACGAAAACUCAAAUGAAAAGUGUGAUGUAUAUAGCUUUGGAGUAAUUUUGUGGGAACUUGCUACUCUAAAAUUGCCUUGGAGUGGGAUGAACCCGAUGCAAGUUGUGGGUGCGGUGGGUUUCCAGAAUCGCCGCCUUGACAUCCCUAAAGAAGUUGAUCCCCCUGUUGCAAGGAUAAUUUGGCAAUGCUGGCACACUGAGCCAAACUCGCGCCCCUCUUUUUCAGAGCUCACGGUAGCUCUCAAGCCCCUGCAACGGCUUGUCACGCCACCAAAUAUGGACCAGCCCAACUCACCUCUACGACAGGGGAUCUCAGUAAAUUCUACACCAUGAAAAGCCUCGUUCUCUCAACUGUGAAUAAGGAGACAUUCUGCUUGUUUGCUUUGGAGUUAGGGUAGGAUAGAGUGAAUGGAAAAAAGCAUGUACAACAAUUGUAGUAUUUGUUAAUGCAUGACCUGCUACUGUUGCCCAAAGACUGCAGCAGAGUCCUUUUGUACAGUGUCCAUAAAAAUAGUUUGUUCCCCUUUUCUUUGUGAUUAUCGUGUUAAUAGCUCCAAGAUAAAGCGAAAACUUACUUUUGGUUACUAUAAAAAUCAUUGAAGUAAUAUAUGAUUAUGAAUACAGAUUUCUAGUUAAGA